CAUGUAAAUGUUAUUAAUGUCUCAAUCAAUAUUGUUCUUCAGUCACUCACCAAGGAAUGGGUGGAUCCAGUGCUCAGACCAACUUCACACUCCAGCAGUCUCAUGAACCUUCCGGCUAACAGAUUACGUCAAAGGCAGAGAGAAAUUGCUUUGGAACAAAAGCAGGCUGCACUUAAACAAGGACGGAAGAAGACUCCACCUAAAUUCUUUUCUGCUCUGGAGGUUUUUCCUCAGCUGAAGAGGAGAGCCCAGCAAGGGAGGUUGGCAUAUGCAAAAAUACUUCCUCCAUCUUGCUUUGAUGUUGAUGGCAUGGUGCUUAAGCCCCAAUUGAGGACUGCUCUACAUGUUUUAGGCUACCAGAUGUAUGAAGAAGAAUUUGAUAAAGUCUGGGACAGAUUUGAUAGAACUGGUCUUGGAGCUGUGGAUUCUGUGUGUUUUUUCAGAACACUUGGGUUAAACCCCUUCUAUGGACAUCCUAAGAACGUCAAACAACGUUCCAAAUCUAAACCUGAGGAGGAAGAAGAAAUUCCUGCUGAGAAAGAAAAAGAUGUUGAACAAGAGCUUAAACCUCCUUCACAUUCAGGCCAUGAAAAAGACCAGCAGCUGACAAAAGAGAGUGUCACUGCACUGGAGAAUGUUAUGACCUUGUUUUCUGCAAAGUUCAAAGAAGGCUACAGCCGAGUGCUCAAUUCAUUCCGCAAGUAUGAUCCUGAGGAUACUGGGCAGGUAAGCAAGGCUGACUUCCGUAAAGCAUUGUCUGAGUAUCAUCUGCAGCUUGGGCCAGUUGAAGCUGAGCACUUCCUCCAAAGGUGUGGCAUGCGAGAUUAUAACAUGGUGCCUUACAAGAAGCUUAUGGACUUUUAUUUGGAUCGAUCAGAGGAAGGAAAGUUACAAGCCGUGCUUGAGGACCCAAAGCACAGGUUCAAUCGCAGCAGGGACUCAGCUAUUGGCAACACAACUGCAUUCGAUGCAGAGGCCCGGUUACUGGAUCUACUACAAGCAGACUUUUUAGCCUUGCUAGGAGCAUUCAAACAGCUUGACAGAGAUAAUUUAGGGGUUGUUAAGCGGUACCAGUUUAAAGAUUUGUUAGAAGCUCGCUUUAAAAUGAAGGUUAGCGACGAGGAGUUAGCGUCAGUGGUACGUCCUUUGCUGGAAGACUCCAACCUUAGUCUGAUUCCUUACGCUCGGUUUCUUGAGCUCUUCAGUUCACCAAGAGAAAACAAGGAGGUUUCUAUCGGUGCAAAAGUACCGAGCCCGCCAGCAGGCAGCGGCAGACCUGCUACUUCACCUAAGGAAAUGAGUUCCCCGAGAAGACCUGCGUCGCGAAAGGGACUGGAAAGGAGCGCUACACAAACAGAGAUAAUCAAGAAAGAAUCCCAACCCAGGAGUGUUCAUUUGUUGUUUGGUUUAAUUCGGGAGCUGCUUACCGAUAAAUUCCAACUCAUUCACAAGGCCUUUCAAGGGAUGGAUCAACUUAGAAAAGGAUAUUUAUCGAAAGGAAUGUUUUUACGGUUGUUCGAAAGAUACGAACUCAAAUUAACAUCACCAGAAGUUGAUUUACUUUGGUCCAAGUUACCAAUUGAAAAGGAUGGCACUGUCAGCUUCGAAGAACUAGUGCAGUACUGUUUCCUGAAUUUCAACGUGGCUGCGCCUGGCGGAGAGGAGGCUGGAUCUGGAAAUCUGUCUCGUGUCCUGCAAGACUAUGCCAAGUCAGUCAUACACAAUCGAUUACAGCCUGUCGCUGAAGAAAAAGAGGCUGAACCUGAACCCCUUCCCACCCCACCCUCCCAUGUGCCUGACGAAGACCAAGCAGGGUCCCCCACUGAAGAUAAAACAUCUCUUCCACCUCUGAAGACGCAAACCAAAACUUCCGUGGAAGUCAUUUUAAGGAAGAUAAAAUCCCAGGUGUGCUCUCAGUGGAGUGAAAUUCGGAAUGCCUUCAUUGCGGUGGAUAUAGAAGGAGCUGCCACGGUGGAUUUCAAUGAUUUUAAGGGCGUUUUAAGAAGAUUUUGCAAGGAUAUUACACACGAAGAAUGCCACAGCCUUUGUUUAAAGUUUGACCGAAGGAAAAACGCCCGGGUGUGGUACCUGGAAUUCCUGAAGCAAUUUCUUCCCACAAUGCCUGUAAAAAUUAACGACCUAGUUCCCAUGUCACAGACGUUCAAAUAUCGGACCAAGGCGGCGUGGUCGGACAGCAAAAGAGCUCACGAAGCGCUCGAUGCAGUUGUUGGUAAAAUUCGAAACCAGAUGAUUUCAGACUUCAAGGCACUCAGGAGAGCCUUCAAAAAGUUGGACCAAUUGGGCGAUGGCUUUGUGUCCGUCACAGAUUUCAAGGUUGCCAUGAGCAGGUUCAGCUUUCCUUUGAACGAGGAAGAUUUCUUUCAUAUAUUCUCAGUCUUUGAUGAAAACAUGGAGGGAAAAAUCUCGUAUGUGGAUUUCAUGAGGCGUUCAUUGAGCGAGUAAAGAAUGAAAAGUGUAAUUAGGUAUUUGUUUGAUACGUCUUUGUCAGUCCAAUUGCGUUUGCUGUUUCAAACACUUCAGCUCCUGUCAUAUUCACCGCGUUAGAAGAGAGUUGUAUGCUGCCGAGAAAGCAGAUAUGCCACAAACAUUGUAAAUAUAUAGGUGCCAAUGUACAGUCGUGAAAAGAAAACAAUUAUUUAGGAAUCCCGCAAAAUAUUCUGGGGGCUCUAAGAUUCCGUGAUACUGAUGUUCAGCGACGUGAUUUAUGAUACAACAACAACUUUAUUUGUACUCAGCUAGAAGCUCUGGUAGAUACUUUGACAAUACAGCAAGUUCCCCACUCAAUUGAAUUUUAUAUAAUAAGUCAAACCGUUCUUGUAUACUUAUGGUCAACUGGAGGACAGACGCAUAGAUGGCGUCACUAACAUUUCUUUUUGUUUCUUUACUAUAUAAAACAAAUAGAUUCCAU